UUUCUUUUCACAACUCCAAGCAAUCCUCAGUACAAGCCCUAUCAUUCAUCUCUCCCUCGCUUUCCCCGAACUCCAUCGAGAGAGCUCGAGAGCUCGAGAGCUUGAGAGCUGGCAGCAAUGGAGGCGCUGAAGCCGGUGGGGAUCGCUUGCCUCUCCUCUCCUUGCCCUCUCCUUCCCAAACCUCCAUCCAUGGCGCCGUUCCCAGUCUCCAGACCCUCGAAGCUUCACAAGCAUCCAAUGCCCGCAACCCGUUCGACGAAAUGGGCCGAUCGUCUGCUCACCGAUUUCCAGCUCCUCCCCUCCUCCCCAGACCCUCCUUCCCUUCUCUCCGUCCUCUCCCCGCCUCCUCUUCCCUCCUCCGCCGAUCGCUCCCUCCCCCUUCCUCUCCACUUCUACCAGAUUCUUGGAGCGGAGGCGCAUUUCUUGGCAGAUGGUGUGAAGAGGGCCUUUGAAGCAAGAGUUUCGAGGCCGCCUCAGUAUGGGUAUAGCCAGGAGGCGCUUCUUGCUCGCCGCCAGAUCCUCCAGGCUGCUUGUGAGACGCUCAUGGAUCCGUCUUCCCGCGCUGAGUACACCCGGGGGUUGCUUGAGGAUCCUGGGUCCACUCUCACCACCCGCGUACCAUGGGACAAGGUUCCGGGGGCAUUGUGUGUGCUGCAGGAGGCAGGACAGGCGGAGAUGGUGCUUCAGGUUGGGGCUGGGUUGUUGCUUGAGAGGCUGCCCAAGCAGUUCAAGCAGGAUGUUGUGUUGGCGAUGGCGCUUGCUUAUGUGGACCAGUCAAGGGAGGCGAUGACACUGAGCCCUCCUGAUUUUGUUGCUUGUUGUGAGGUGCUUGAGAGAGCUCUCAAAUUACUGCAGGAGGAAGGAGCAAGCAACCUUGCACUGGAUUUGCAGGCUCAGAUUGAUGAGACUUUGGAAGAGAUUACCCCUCGUUGUGUUCUUGAGCUUUUAGCAAUGCCCCUUGAUGAAGAGUACCGAAUAAGACGGGAGGAAGGCCUGCUUGGUGUCCGUAAUAUAUUAUGGAGUGUCGGCGGAGGAGGUGUUGCUGCCAUAGGAGGAGGAUUCACUCGUGAAGAAUUUAUGAAUGAAGCAUUUUUACGUAUGACAGCUUCUGAGCAGGUAGAAUUAUUUGCCACAACACCAAGUAACAUCCUGGCAGAGAGAUCUGAAGUGUAUGGUGCGGCACUUGCAUAUGUUGCUGAGGCCUUUGUUCGUAAGAAGCCCCAUCUUAUCAAGGAAGCAGACAGGCUGUUUCUUGAACUUCAGCAAACCAAGGAAUCUUCAGUAGAUUCUCUUUCUGGUUUCACCAGCAGCACUGAUGAUGAGAUAAAUUUUGCACUUGAAAGGGCCCUUUGUUCCCUGCUUGUGGGAGAUCUUGAUGGCUGCCACUUGUGGUUAGGCAUAGAUAGUGAGAAUUCACCACACAAAGACCCAUCCAUUUUAGAGUUUAUUUUGGAAAAUUCUGAUGCCAACAAUGAAAAUGAUCUUCUUCCUGGGAUAUGCAAACUGUUAGAAACCUGGCUUACGGAGGUAGUUUUCCCAAGAUUUAGAGAUACAAAAGGUGUACAAUUCAGGCUUGGAGAUUACUAUGAUGACCCUAGUGUCCUUAGGUAUCUAGAGGGUCUAGAGGGAGGUGGAGCUUCACCUUUAGCUGCUGCUGCAGCUAUAGUUAAAAUUGGGGCUGUGGCAACUAAUGCACUUGGCAAUGUCAAGUCAAGUGCCUUUCAGGCUUUGCAGAAAGUGUUACCAUUGGGAAACAUGAUGGCAAGGGUGGAUAUAGGGGAAAAUAAUGGAUGGCCUAAUUCUUCUCCAGAGAUGCAAAAUGAUGAGUCCAUUGAGGGGAUUGAUUUAGAUCAAUCAGGGGCUCAAGCCGAGGUGUCUAGAGAACCUAGUUCUGAAGAUCAUGAUGGGCAAGAUCUAACAUACACCAUAAAAGAUACAAGCAUAAAGAUUAUGUGUGGGGGGCUGGUGAUUGGUUUUUUGACUCUAGCAGGGCUCAAGUUUAUACAAGGAAGAAAUGGGCCUUCCAUAACUGGGAAAGAAAUAGGUUCAGCAAUGGCUGUUAUGGAUGCAUCAUCAAAUGAUAACUUGGUAGAGGAGAUACCCAAAAUGGAUGCCAGGCUUGCUGAAAAUCUAGUUUGCAAGUGGCAAAAUGUUAAAUCCCAUGCUUUGGGACCUGAUCAUUAUCUUGCAGAACUGCCAGAGGUUUUGGAUGGUCGAAUGCUAAAGAUUUGGGCUGAUCGAGCAGCAGAGAUUUCACAACGCGGUUGGUUUUGGGAAUACAAGCUGUUAGGCGUGACAAUUGAUAGUGUGACUGUUUCAGUUGAUGGUAAUCGAGCUAUGGUGGAGGCAACAAUCGAGGAGGCAGCUCGCCUAACCGACCCAGUUAAGCCUGAGCACAAUGAUUCCUACAACACAACCUACACCUCAAGGUACGAGAUGAGCUUCUCCAAGUCAGGCUGGAAGAUAACUGAAGGAGCUGUCCUCAAAUCAUAGAUGCCCCACCCUUGUGCAUUUCUUUGUGUGUAAAUAACCCUUGUUGUUUCCUGAACUGAUUCUUUUGUUGUUGUUGUUGUUGUUGGUUUUUUUUUC